CCGUUACCACUGGGGAGCCUGUCUCCUCGUUAACCGUCAUCAGUUGGUCCAGCCACCCCGUUCUGAUUGUCACCUAGCCACUUCCCUCUUGCUCAGAGCAGCUGGCUGCCCUCGUUGCCAGGCCCGGGCACCCGGCCCAGUUAGUGGGAUCAAAAUGAGCUAUUUCGGGCCCCGGCGCGCGGCCCCCGGGGGAGCUGCCUGGAUGUUCCUACUCACGCCCCCUGGACGCCGAGCACCCGAGGCUGAGUCAGAGGCACAGAAUUAGGCCCGACCUGCUCCAAGGUAUCCAGUAGGAGCGUAAUAAUAAAUGGCCAAAUCAUUAUUGGAGUUUCUAAAUAAGGCUCUACUAAUGGCCGAGGCUGGCCUCGGUCCCAGUGUCCCGGGGAGGCCCGCCCGGGGGCCGGCACAGGGCGCAGUAUAAACCGGCGGCUGCGCACGUAGGGGCACUGCGGGACCCGGGUGGCGGAGCAGCAGGAUGGAGAUCCCCGUGCCCGUACAGCCCUCUUGGCUGCGCCGAGCUUCGGCCCCGUUACCGGGGUUUUCCGCCCCAGGACGCCUCUUUGACCAGCGCUUCGGCGAGGGGCUGCUGGAGGCCGAACUAGCUUCGCUAUGCCCGGCCGCGCUCGCCCCCUACUACCUGCGCGCCCCCAGUGUGGCGCUGCCCACCGCCCAGGUGCCAACGGACCCCGGGCAUUUCUCGGUGCUGCUGGACGUGAAGCACUUUUCGCCGGAGGAGAUCGCGGUCAAGGUGGUUGGUGACCAUGUGGAGGUGCAUGCGCGCCAUGAGGAACGCCCAGACGAGCACGGUUUCAUCUCACGGGAGUUCCACCGCCGCUACCGCCUGCCACCCGGUGUGGACCCUGCCGCUGUGACCUCGGCGCUGUCCCCCGAAGGUGUCCUGUCCAUCCAGGCCGCACCAGCGCCUGCCCAGCCCCCACUUUCACCACCUGCUGCCAAGUAGGGGUCCAGGAGUGCCUGACUGCCCUCCUCCCCUCUUAAAAAGCCGAUCUGACUCCACCCAGCCAGAUGUACCCAGCGCCAAGACAGUCCCUCCCACACGAAUGGAGAUCCGGCCCCCUCCUCACCACCCUAAACACCUCUGUACUCCUCCAGCUUUCGGACCCCACCUAGGACACCGCCCUGGCUAGGAAGCAGCGCCACCCUCCGCUUAUUCUCACCAUGCUGACACCACUUCCAUGGCUUCUAUGCCCUUCCACUGUACCACUGACUCCCCUGAAAAAUCCCCACACCCCAUUUCCACUUCUCCCCCACUCUGACAGUAGAUUAUGGUGCAGUUUUGCCUCCAUUCGAAGUUUGUCCCCACCUCCAAUGUCCUAGACUUCCACUCCACAACAUCCCGGCCUGCUCCCUAAGUCUGGAUUCAUUUCCUACAACCAGACACUCCACUGCACCCAGUCCAUUCUGACUGGGAAGCUUGGCCAGCCAGUCAUACUCUUGAAUCCUUUUCUGACCACCUACUCCUUGGGACACCCAUUUCAGGCCAUCCAAGACCUCCAACCUCAAACUGUAGACACUUCCAUUGCCCCACGCCCCCAAAUGCACAGCUGUCAGGCUGUGAACCAUCAUCUCCCAGUUCCUUUGUCCUGAUUCCUGGGUCUCCAGACAGAAACCGUAGGCAACCCUGUUAUCCUCUCUUGGCUCCUCCAAGAGCCAACAAGGAGUCACAUUAUCUUCCUUGUCACCCUAUGCCCUCACACCUUCCUAGGUCAGUCCUCAAUAAAUGUGCUAGACAGAU